CCACUUUACCAGACGUGGUAAAGAAAGGGGCCAACUUGAAAUUUCGCCAAACUUUUGUACGCCAGAAGUUCAAUCGCCUACCUUUCUCGGGCUUCCAGAAAAGAAGUUCAGGUUUUGCGGUUAUGGCGAUAUGCCUGCCAUGGCAUCCUUUACAACCCUCUAAAACCCAACAUCUCUUCCGUAUUCGCAACCCAGUACAUGUAGUCCCUAUUCGCCAUAUACAUGCCUUCAGGCGCAGCGACUUUGAUGGAUUCGCGAGGCGCGUCAAAUCUGGCGAAGCGUGGAGAGACGCGUGGCGGAGUGCCAACGAUGGUUUCGAGCAGUUCGUUUUUGAAACAAAGAAAACUGCGGAGCGUAUCGAUAGGAGGUAUGCUGUUUCCCGCCGGCUAUCUGCUGUUGCACAGUCUGCUGCUGACCGUGCCCGAGAGCUUGACCGUGAUUUUGAGAUUACUCACAAAUGGCGUACCUUCUCUCUCGAUUUCACUAGAAAUUGGCCCAGGUACAGGAAGCAGUUGAGUGAUUUUAUGGAUACCCCGCUGGGAAGAAGUGCUGCUACAAUAUUCUUCCUCUGGUUUGCUCUGUCUGGUUGGCUGUUUCGAAUUCUGAUAAUUGCCACAUGGGUUCUACCGUUUGCUGGACCUCUUCUUAUUGGAGCUGUUGCCAACAAUCUAGUCAUCAAGGGUCAGUGCCCAGCUUGUAGGAGGCAAUUUAUCGGUAAUAAGAAUUCAACAGUUCGCUGUGCUAGCUGUGGAAAUAUUGUGUGGCAGCCAAAAGGAGGGGACUUCUUUUCUAGAGGCAGUCGAGGUACUACUCGUUCAAAGUCUGAACCAGAUAUUAUUGAUGUUGAGUUUGAAGAGAAAUAGAUAUAGAGACUGCCAAUGGAGGUGGCAGGUGACCCGCUUCAUGUGGAUUUCAUACAAAAGAGUAGAAUGUUGUAUAAUGCUAUUAUUGUUUUUAUUUUUUCUCCCGUCAGUGUAUUUAUUCCUUUGCUCUUCCCUGUUAGUGAAUACAAGUGUAAUAAUUAGUGUGUGAAACUUGAGUUUUACAUUUGGAAUGGAAACUGAAGUUGACGCAUUCUGCUCA